GUUUGUUGGAAGUAAAGUUAGUUUCUGAAUCAUCUAUGCUUCCGGCCUUUACUUUUUUGUGGAAAAAAUAAUUUCAGAUGGCAUUUCAGGGAGUUUAUUUUCAGAUUCAAACAACACCCGAUGAGGAGCCAUGGUAUAAACAGGUUGAUCCCACAAUGACGCUCGAUAAAUUAUUGAAAUUAACCGAAGAAUUCUCCCGUAUCUACAAAACACAUGGUGAAUCAUUGAACAUCAAGAAAUACGCUAUGCGUAGCUCUCUAAGAGAAACUGCAUCACAGAAUCCCAACCAGCCUCAGCAACAGUCACCGCAACAGCUCUCGUCACAGCAGCAGCGGCAAGGACAGAAUCAAGUUGCACCGUCAUUCGCAACUCUACCACCGCCACCGGUGGCACCACAGCUUAAUGCGGCUAUGGCUGCGAAAGGUGCUGAGCCAACUCGGCGAAUCGACCUCAGUGAUUACAAAUUACGGAAUAACGCAACGCAACAACAGCAACCGAGCAGUUCACAAAAUUCUGUAGCACAAACACAACGACGAAAUUUCAUGCGACCUGAUGUACUACCACAAACAGCUAAUAAAGGACUGGAUUUGCCUCUUCCUCCAAUUAUCGCAAAUGGCAAACCAGCGACUUCGCAAAAACCAGUCAUCACGAAUUCUGCGAAACCAUUGCAACCUGUUAGGCAACCAACAGGGACCAGUGAACAAGAACGGCAUAAAAAGUCCAAACCAGAUGAUUACGACAAAGAUUUAAAGCACAGAAGGAUUGAAAAAACGAGUACGGAAGGAUCUCAUCACCGUAAGAGGCUCUAUGAAAAUAUUGUGACUGUUAAUCAGCCAGAUAGCGGUUCCACUAUAACAGCAACAUCACUAACAAACGUGACAUCGACUCCAAAAUCUGGAACACCGAAACCAACAGAACGUCACAAUCCAGCAAUCCCUUUAAAUCACAUGACUUCUGGUGGUUACAGCACCACUUCGAGGUCACGUGAAGAAGCGGCUUCACAAUCACUUAAACGUGACAAUAAUAAUAUCAACAGCACCAAUAGAAACCGUGAUGAAAGUAUACCUUCUCGGCAGCGUGACGAUAUGACAGCAUUAAAGAGGGCACGACAAACGGCACCUUUAAUUGCGCUUCUACCAACGCCAGUAGCGUCAAAUACUGCUUCUGUAAUAAGCACAAAUUCGCAAAAUUCAAAAUAUAAUUUGUCGACAAUACAACCGAAUCGUUCAAGUCAUAUUGGUGAAAGUACACAUAGAGCUAACGCUACUACGAAUUGGUCGAUGACAAACGAUUAUUAUAUGGGGUCGACUUCCAAUAAUGCGUCACGUUUUUCACAGUCGUCUGGAUCAUCUAAUCAUAGACACUAUUCAUCGUCAAGUGGUGGACGCACAAAAUCGCGUGAACCCUUACUAAGUACGCCUGACACAGGAAACUCAUAUUAUAAACGUUCCCGUCCGAGACCACCUUCACCUACUACAGCAAUAAUAUCAAACACUCAUCGACAGUCACAACGUUUACCAAGUCCUGAAAAUCGUUCAGGAUCCGGUUAUUCAAAUAACCAAAAGUAUCUUAACACGGGAUAGUUUGUUGGGUGAUGCUAUGAGCUUCUUUUUGGACGCACGAUCGUGUUCGACUUGCACUAUCGAUACCAUCAGGAAAGAAUGAACAGGAAGCACUGAUGACUGACUAAUGCAAGUUUAGUAGCAUGCUUUUCCUGUGUGCAUGCAAAAUUCAGGUUUCACACGACGCUAUUAUUGUCGACGAUAUGUCUAUAAGGUAGCACCACGUCAAUCAUCACCGAGAUAUAGGCGUGGAGAAUGGAGGAGACGUUAUUCCUGGCGGUCACGCGUGCCCUAUUCAUCUUUUACCAACACAAGUUUAGCUAAUGCUUUGUCUAUUCUUGCUAGUUUUCUAACAUUUUCAUUUUGUCAGCCAAUGAAUUUCCUGUCUUCCAUGACUGUCAUUAUUUUGUUAUAAUAAUGUCCUGGUUGAGUUUAUGCAUGACGUCUGGAUUUACUUUUUCCCUUGAUAUCUUUUCUGCUAUGAUUAGAAGUGCU